AACCUUGCUGUGCAUGUCGCUUCGUGGGACCACUCCGCAGGUUUUUAGUACUUGCGCCAGCACUGGCAGUGACGGCCCUAACUUCUCCGACUGUAUACUAUUAAUACUCAAUAUUAUCAAUUUUCUUUCAUCGUUGGAUCUAUUUUGAAUUAGAGCAGGGUGAUCGCAGAACUGCGUGUGGUAGAACAGUUGGUGUGCGACUCUGAGAGCAGAAUGGCGGACGAAAAUGUGCUCAAGGGGAAGGACUUUGUUAUCAACUCACCGUCGCAGCAGGACCGCUUCAACCUGUGGCCGGGUAAGUACCAUUCACCCGUGACAACCGCAUUAUGGCACGCCAGAUCCAGUAUCGUGGAAAGGGCUCGCAAUAUAUCUGUGGAUAGUCCCGCGCAGAGUACUCUCCAGAGCAAGACACCGGCGGGGAACCGCACUAGCGUGCUGUAUAAUUUUUCUUCCGACAACGAACUGCGAGAAGAGUAUCGAAAUCCCUGGAACUCGAUUCGUAUUGGGAAGCUUUUGGAGGAUCUGGAUGCUUUAGCAGGAACUAUUGCGGUGAAGCAUUGUUCAGAUAGCGACCACACAACCAGGCCUCUUUUAUUGGUGACGGCGUCAGUCGAUAAAAUCAGCAUGAAGAAGCGCUUGCGUAUUGACGUUGAUCUUCAAUUGGCCGGAGCUGUUGCCUGGGUGGGGCGGUCUUCCAUGGAGAUUCGGAUGGAGGUUAUUCAACCGGUUCGAGAGGUAAUGGAGGAGGAUGAUAAGGCUCUCAUAGCGAAUUUCACAUUCGUCGCCAGGGAUUGGAAAACACACAAGGCUGCUCUUGUAAAUCAUUUGGUGCCCCAAACCGAGGAGGAGAAGCAGCUCUUCGCAAUGGGCUCUGCCCGCGACGCCCAUCGCAAAAAGCUUCGGUUGGAGCACCAAGAAGCGUCUACUUCUCCUUUCACGAAGCAGUACAACGACCGACUCGCUCAACUUUUGAGAGAGGGGCGAGUUCUUUGUGAAAUGCCAGCGUUGGCCGAUCGGAACAGUAUUCUGAUGCGAGACACACGGUUGGAGAAUGCUAUCAUUUGCCAACCUCAGCAACGGAACAUGCAUGGCCGUAUUUUUGGAGGGUUUCUGAUGCGAAGGGCCUUUGAGAUUGCCUUCUCAACUGCAUAUGUCUUCGGGGGCAUCAGACCUCUCUUCCUGGAAGUUGAUCACGUCGACUUCAGACGGCCGGUCGAUGUCGGAGACUUCCUUCGGCUCAAAUCCUGUGUGCUGUAUACCGAAACAGAAAAUCUGGAGCAACCCCGCAUUCAUGUUGAAGUGAUCGCCCAUGUCACUCAACCGGAACUGAAAUCCAGUGAGGUGUCGAAUACCUUUUACUUCACAUUCUCACUCGAUCCAGAGAUUAAGGCUCCUGGUGUGGAUUGGAAUGUGCGCCGUGUGCUUCCUGCUACUGAAGAAGAAGCGCGAACUUAUCUAGCACGUUACGAAGCUGACCACAUUGUCCAUGAAGUAUCAGUAUAGUUGUCCUCAGAUUUGUAGUUGUCUGUUGACUUGAGAACUCGCACCGUACGAGUGGGAUCGCUUAUAUUUCUGGAUUAAGAAAUUAAAAACAUUAGAGAAGUUUCAUAAGCGAUGCUUGUACAUUCAUAACAUAAAUUCCUCCAUCAAGCAGAUAAUGGAAAAUCACUACUGCUCAUUCA